UGUAGUGCUUUGCCGCAUUGCGUCGGGCCUUGGAGUUGAUGAUUGUCGUUUUGUCUUCAUCACUUUACCAGUAGUUCACCGUUUUUUGAGGCUAUCACCUGUUUUGCUUCGCCAUGGCUGACCUUCUUACCGAGGAGCAAAUUGCCGAAUUCAAGGAGGCUUUCUCCUUGUUCGACAAGGAUGGCGAUGGCACCAUCACCACCAAGGAGCUCGGAACUGUAAUGCGCUCUCUUGGACAGAACCCCACGGAAGCUGAACUCCAAGACAUGAUCAGCGAAGUGGACGCUGAUGGAAACGGCACCAUUGACUUCCCGGAGUUUCUGACGAUGAUGGCUCGCAAAAUGAAGGACCAGGAUUCCGAGGAGGAGAUCCGUGAGGCCUUCCGUGUUUUCGACAAGGACGGCAACGGUUUCAUCAGUGCCGCUGAGCUUCGCCACGUAAUGACCAACCUUGGUGAGAAGCUCACCGAUGAGGAGGUUGAUGAGAUGAUCCGUGAGGCGGAUAUUGAUGGCGAUGGCCAGGUCAACUACGAAGAAUUCGUCAAGAUGAUGACAUCCAAGUAAAGAACCACCAUAACAACACUUUCGUACAAAAUUUUGUUUACCCGUACUCAUAGAUCACCAUUAUGAAAUGCUUUAUGAAAAUGCUUUGAGGUUUUUAGAAUUGUUCAACUAAACUAAAACGUGUCUUUUGUGGUAUUGGUUUGACUCUCGAUGUGAGGUUUGGGAUGUACCGCGUGAA